AUUGCGAUGGGUGUUUCCGCAUUCUGCUGUGAGCUGUCAGUGCGAGUGUAACUUGGAAAGCGCACUGUGGUCUCUCUUAAGUAACUGUCUUAUCAUCCAUUCCCGGGGGACUACCCGUUAAACGGUUGAGAUCCAGGAUGCCCUAUGUACUCGUUAGUACUCAGAUCCGGCUGGAGACUGGGCCAACCAUGGUAGGAGAUGUAUACUCUGACCCAGCAAUAAUGAACUACCUGGGAGCCAGGAAAACCACCAUGCUGGGGAACAAUUUCUCGGAGUACCACGUGGACGAACCUCCGCGGUUGGUGUUGGACAAGUUGGAGAAGAUUGGCUUCCGUAUGGUGACGAUGACAGGCGUGGGACAAACGCUGGUGUGGUGCAUGCACAAGGAGACUGAGUGACCUGACUGUGGAUCAAUGACACUGAUAGUGUGUCUUGGGCCACAAGGUUGUGGUGGUAGUGUUCUGUCCAAUGAGGAGCAAGAGCUCAACCUAUAUUGUACGUAUUACAUCAAAAAUCAAGGAUGGAUUCUAUACAUUAAUUUUGCUACUGUUCUUUGUGAUGUAAUGGUCCUUUGUUUUCCAUUUAUUACUUUUUUUAGCAAGGGGUGCAGAUGACUGAAUUUCGAAUGAUCAAUUCUCCAGAUCGUUAUUUGCCCCGUUAGCAAAUGUGUGAAUUUGUAUAAUGACAGUACUUGUCCAAAAUCUUUUGUACUCCCAUUCAAAUUCACUCCAAUGUGAUGGAGCAGCUACCAAAUGUGUGUAGUGGUUUGUUCGUAAUCUAUCGUAGCAAUGGGUUUACAGACAUCAGGGAAACAGGACGAUGUCAAGAAAAGUACAUUCCAGAGAGGAAUGUAGUUCACUUCAUUACGAACUGAAUCUGAAUGUCAAGAGUAUGAUGUUGAAUCAGUUCCAAAGUUUGACAUUGCCUUUAGGCCAAGCAAAUAUUCCUCUAUCCUGAAUCCUAUUCCAUUUUCUCAAAUGCUCUGUAAACAGGUGUCGAUUUAACAGUGAACUGCUUAAUUAUGGGCCAUUCCCAACAUUGCAGAGAGAAAGAAAAUAGAAAAGUAAUAAAUACACAAUGAGUAAUGAUAACUUGGCUAUAUACAAGGGGUACCAGUACAAUGUACAGAGUUAUGAGGUAAUUGAGGUAGAUAUGUACAUACAACUAAGAAAUAAGUGACAGAAAACUGUCAAAAGUUGGUGUAAAAAGGAGCUGUGUGAGAAUGUUAGUUUUCAUAUCAUUGGUAAUAUAAUUAGAUGCAUGUGAAGAAAUGAUAAUAAAGGUGAUUUGAUAUUUG